AUGAUGGGGCGUUGCGAGGUCCCGCCUACGUGGUGGAUUGAGCACAUAGAGCGCAACCGCAGGAUUCUAGACAAGCCUGGGAGGAAGGAGAACGGCUCUCCAAUUUCGGGAAACAUGCGCGAGUGGAUCAAGGCACGCGGACUAGAGGGGCGAGACCUCCCCGCAGUUCAAGCGCAUACAGCAUUCGGGCAGUAUGGCCAAGUUCUUGAUUCGAUUGUGAUGCGUGACCGUGAGACUGGUCGCUCCCGUGGCUUUGGAUUCGUCACGUACUCGAAUGAACAGGAGGCUCAGAAUGCCAUCAACUCCAUGAACGAGCAGGAGCUCGAUGGUCGUCGCAUCAAGGUUAACAGUGCCAACCAGCGCACUGGCGGCGGCGGAGGUGGAGGUGGAGGAUAUCAAGGCGGAGGAGGCUACCAAGGCGGCGGAGGCUACCAGCAAGGUGGUGGCUAUGGCGGUGGAGGAUACCAAGGUGGUGGAGGCUACCAGCAGGGUGGCUACGGCGGCGGAGGCUACCAACAGGGCUAUGGCCAGCAAGGUGGCUACGGAGGCGGAUACUAA